CACCUCACUCACAAAACACACUCUUUCUUUCUCAUUCAAACACUUCUCCAACCUUUUCUCAAGUUUUAUUUGAAUCCCUCUCUCCUUUCCAAAUGGCCAGUGUUGAGGUUGUACAACAAGCUCCACCACCAGUGCAAGAGAAUGAAACAACCGAGGUAACCAAGACCCAGGAAACAACCACAGAACAACCAGCCACUGAGGUUCCUGCCCAAGAACAAUCAGUAGCUGAGGUUCCUGCUCCAGAAUCGACCACCCAACAACCAAAGGAAGAAACCACCGAAGAACCAAAAGAAACAGAAGCAACAACAGAAGCUCCAGCUGCUACAGAAACCCAAGUUCUAGUUGAAGGUGAGACUGUGGAGGAGGUAACAAAGGACAAAGAGGAAGCAAAGCCAGAGGAAGAGAAGCCAGCAACAGAGAAAUCAGAGGAAAAAACUGAAGAAGUGAAAGAAGAAGCAACAGCAGAGGAGCCUAAAGAAGCUACCAAAACAGAAUCAGCACCAACAGCAACAGCACAGGAAGAGAACAAACCAGCUGAGUCAGCAGCGGAAGCCACAGAAGAGGUUACUGUUGAGAAGGCUGAAGCUUAGAACUACGGAUAGAGUGAGUAAAAAAAAAUGUUUAAAUCGUCCUUCUUGUUGUUGGGAUCAGGUCUACCAUUUUGCAUGUCAUGGUUGAAAAGCUUUUCUAUUUUUAUUUCAUUAGUCUUUAUUAUUAAUAUUAUUAUAUGAUGGUAAGUCUUAUGGUUGUAUGGUGGGUAUACCUACAUGUAAGCAUGGCCCUUGGCUCCACGUCAGCAUACAUGCCAAGAGCUGGACAUGAGAGAUACUAGGAGUUGUGUAUUGAAGUGAACUAAGCUGCUGGCGCUUGAGUUUGUGGAUGAUGGUUAUGGGUGGGUUACAUGAGUUUGUGAUGGUGUGUUAUUGUGUUUCUCUAGGUUUGAAUAAAUGAUAUUUACUUUUAUACUGUUACUUUUAUCAAAGAAUAUUUCGUUU